AUGACAACUCAACAGCCGGCUUUAUUCCAACCUAUCGCCUUGGGUGAUAUCCAGCUGAAACAUCGUGUCGUCAUGGCACCCAUGACGAGGCUCAGAGCGGAUGACGAGACUGCUGUACCUUCUGACUCAACUCUGAAGUAUUAUCAGCAAAGAGCCAGUGAUGAUGGUCUGAUCAUCACUGAGGGUACAGUGCCCUUGAGCGAAGGUAAAGGAUGGCAUCAUUCACCCGGCAUUUGGUCGAAAGAUCAGAUCAAGGGUUGGAGAAAUAUCACCGAUGCUGUACAUGGAAAAGGUGGUAAGGUUAUCUGCCAAUCAUUUGCUGCUGGUCGAGUGGCAGAUCCCACUUGCGCAUCUGUCGUAUACGUUCCUUCAGACCUGAACGAUCCCACUCCAGGAACGCCCAAACCACCUUUGAAAGUCAUGACGGUCGAUGAUAUCAAGCGAAAUAUCCAUGAAUUCGUUCAAGGUGCUAGGAAUUGCAUUGAAGCUGGGUUUGAUGGAGUGGAGAUCCAUUGUGCGAAUGGCUAUCUAUUAGACCAAUUCAUCCACUCAAAUUCUAACCAGCGAACCGACGACUAUGGCGGGACCUUGCUCAACAGAUUUCGAUUCCCAAUUGAGGUGAUACGUGAAGUAUUCACAGCCAUAGGACCAGGUAAAGUUGGCGUCCGGAUCUCUCCCUUCUCGACAUUCCAAGGCAUGAGAGACCCCCAUGAUCCCACCGGGCUCUUUUUGUCUUUCAUCACUGCUGUUCUAGAUGCUGCAGAUGGUUUAGCAUAUAUCCACGCUGUGAUGCCUCGAGCAAAUGGUGCAGAUGACCAGGAUCCAUCGAAAUUAGUGGAAAAAGACGAUUUGGAGCCUAUCAGACAGUUGGAUGCUGAGAAGUAUGGAGAUCUAAUAGCUUUUGGCAGAUUCUUUACGUUAUUAGCUAAUCCUGAUUUACCAAAGAGGAUCAAGAAUGAUUGGCCGUUCAUCAAAUACGACCGAAACUCGUUCUACACUCAAAGUAUCGAAGGUUACACUGAGUGA